CUUAUAUUACCCAAAAUAUCGUCAGUAGCGGGCGGGAAGAGCUUGCCAUCAGGGCGAACUACUUAGGUCGUGUCAAACUCAGUCUCUGUAUUGUGACUUGUGUGUGUGUAUGCGUUAAAAACUUAAAAAGGCUCUAGUCUCAUUUCUACCUGUUGCCUCUGACAAGAAUUGGCCUCCCGUACGUCGUAAUAUUGACCGACGUGACGUGAUCGUGAAGGGAUAUUACUGUGCCCAUGUACACAGGGAUCCUAAGGUCGCUAUGGCAACCAACGACUAUUGUGAGCCAGAUAACGAGAGCAGCUGCAGCAGCAGCAGCGGCAGUGCGCAAUCGCCGAGCUGCAGUCCCACGAAGAGAGCUACGUCGGCUGACCAGUUGUCGUUGAUCACCAACAAACACACUAAAGCACUAGCGUUGAAGAGCUUGUUUGUGGAAAAAGUUCGUGGCGUCAAAGAAUUUGGACAGCGUUUGAAUAAACUCGGCCGUCAUCUGUCUACCUCGGAUCAAUCGGAGCUCGCUGCAGGUCCCCGUCUCCUUUCCAUUUCGUCAAUCGAUCCCGACUCCGAACUGCCUCGCCUUGUUCGAACCAACGCCUUCAAAGCCAAACAACGAAACUCACUUACUCCAUCGACUUUAUCUCCAAUCACUCCUCAUUGCAGCAGUCCGAACCCCUCUCAUCGAUCUCCAGACGGACAGCAGCUAGAAUCUGACUCUGAUCGUUCUAAUACAUCGUUUAGAACUACGCACAGUUUUGACGCAUUUUGUGCAGCUCGAGUGCUGGAGGCCAACAGCCAAUCUAGCUAUCCGGAACCAGUGCUGCAAGACGCGGCACUAUCUGAUCAACAACAGGCGUAUCCAGUUAAUAUUGAUUUAUUAGAUAAACAAAGGAACGACGAAAAUAAUGGAUACGGAGAUGAUCUUAAUCCGGAAGGCACCAUCGAAGCCCUUAACGUUGGCUUGUCAAACGAUUUGCCCUUGUUGCUAAUAAACGAUCAACCUCUGACGCUCGACGAUCAGUCCCGCUACGCUAAGCAGGAAGAUUGGAAUGGAAACUUGGUUGAUGACUUGAGCGACUUGGGCGACUUUGAAAGUUGCAGCUCGUCGAUUCCCGAAGAUAAAUCGGGUAACUCUGAAUUAGAAAAUUCUCCGUUUUUCCGAAAUCGCAGCAGCUCCGACUCCGCAGCAAUGGGCAACAAAAGUAGUUCUAGUCAAAAAGCCAAGGGGCGGCUUAUUUCGAAUCCGCGGGUUGGAACCGAAAAUGGUGGAACCGAAACCGAAAAAGGACCAAACCCACCUUUCCAAAAUGAGCUUCCAAACAACAGUGGUUCGUCGUCUACACUGUCGGAUGACAGGACAAGAGAUCAACAAGAACAGAACUUUUCACCUCAACGAUUGUCCAAAGUUGUUAUAGGGAAGUCGUUAACAUCAGAAACUCUCUAUGCUGAUGUGGACGAGCCUGAAGAAGAUCCGUCCAGUUACCAAGACAUCGCUCAUCACCACACCUGGACGUGUGAUGAAAAUCUGCUGAUCGUUUCCGAGACAUCGGAUAGCAUUAAUGUACCUGAUCUUCCAUUGGACAGCAAUACCGAAACUUGCAGUUUAAGAGAAGUCUCAGAAUUUGAAAAUGCUGGAACUGUUUCAUUGUCAAGUGGUUUUGAACAACCGACAAGUGAUAAUAUUGAAUUGGAUGCUGAUACUUCAUCAUAUGCAACAGAACUGUGUUCAAGGUCAAAUGAAAUAGAACAGUUACAAAUCAAGGACAAUUUCCAGCAGUUUGACAAGAAGUUUUUUGCCAAGCAUGAGAAGAGUUCCUGCCAAGUAACUCCACAUCAAUAUCUUGCUAGAGGACAGCUAAAUUAUCUCUCCCUUGAAGUCCCCAGUCUGUUAUUCUACUACGCUGCAGCAGCAAAAUAUCAUAUUUUCAAAAUAUAUGCUGAGAAAGACAAGUCAGCAAGCACUACAAAGAUUGAAAUUGACAUGCCAGAUAUGAUGCACCUUGGAGGACAUGGAGGCUCCUCAUCGGGGCAUAACAAUAAUGGAGCUAAUAGAUCUUCUAAUGUGCCCAACAAUGGGCAACCAUUUACUCUUACAAGGCAUAAGAAAGUGGAAAUUCCAGCCACAGCAACUCUUAGUCACACUCAAAAUGCCACUAGACGCGAGCCUAGUGAUCUCGGAAUUCCGUAUCCUUCCACUUCUGGAGAAAAAGAAUCUAAUGUGUUACGAAAGGUGGCAAGCCUUACGUAUGACUUGGCCAUGGAACAAAAGCAACAACUUAACUCACCAAAAAUGCGUACUUCACUUGAACGACAUGAUCUCAAUUCCUUAGAAAAUUUUGAAGGGCAAAUGCUUGUUUCAAAUUUACUCUCUUCUAUUGAUGAGGAUCAUUACUUGAGGCUCCUUAUUAGCAACCAAGAUCUGAGGCUUUUGAUGAGUCAUUUUGUAAAUUAUUUAUUGAAUAUUGGCAUUGUUUACCCUUUGGAAGAUGGGCAAAUGUGCGACAAAUUUAUGAUGGAUCGAAUGUAUAGAUGGGGUAGACCUGACAUGAAUAGUAAAGGAACUCCUCGAUGUAAAGGAGAGUAUUUAUCCAUACAAGAACAUUUGGCAGCGUUCCAACAGGCACGACAAGAUCAUGAUGCGGAACUUCUGCGAAUUCAAGCUGAAUUCCGUCAUAAAAUCAAAGAAAUGGAGGAAACGAUUGCCAGUUUAACUAAAGAAGUCACUGUUCUUAAAAACCGGCCAACUCUUGAACCUCCACCUUACGUCCCACCUCCAAGUUAUUCAUCGACUGCUCCACCUCCGCCGCCCCCUCCACCCCCAUUCUCGUCAUCAGAUCAUUUCCGGUCCGGGGUUUCCCCCGCUCCACCUCCGCCUCCGUUUCCGACAUCGUUAGGGGGACAGCCGCCGCCGCCACCUCCUCCGCCUCCGAUGAUGGGAGGACUACCACCCCCACCUCCUCCACCCCCAAUGAUGGGUGGACCACCUCCUCCACCCCCUCCUCCAAUGAUGGGGGGUCCUCCUCCUCCACCCCCAAUGAUGGGUGGACCACCACCUCCUCCUCCAAUGAUGGGUGGACCACCACCUCCUCCUCCAAUGAUGGGGGGUCCACCUCCUCCACCCCCAAUGAUGGGUGGACCACCACCUCCUCCACCUAUGGGAGGACCACCUCCUCCUCCCGGUCCCGGAGGCCUUGCUUCCCCUCCGUCGCUUCCAGCUCCACCCCAAGGGGGUUGGAAUUUCAACAGAACCGUUAUCCGAAAGAACCCAGUUGAUCCCAAGCUACCGAUGAAACCUUUAUAUUGGACAAGGAUUUUAAUACCAUACCAGCCCCCGAUGACUGUCACACCAAACACAGUUGACAGCAACUCGACAUUGUGGGAUAAGUUAGAAGAGAUCGCUCCCGAAAGUUGGGAUGACUUUUCUGACCUAUUUUCGCGACAGGUUGUUGUCGCGAAACCAGUGAAACCAAAAGCCGAGAGUAAACCGGUGAAACAACAAACUGUCAAAAUUUUGGACAAUAAGCGGUCUCAAAUGGUUGGUAUUUUAAUAUCGAGUCGCCACUUGGAUGUCCAAGAAGUGGAAAGUGCCGUUUACAACUUAGACACCUCUGUGAUUGACCUUGAGACUCUUCAAAAGAUUUUUGAAUUACGAGCCACAGAAGAUGAAUUAGCUACAAUGCGCAUAACUUUGGAACAACAGCCAGAUGCUAUCAUGGACAAGCCAGAAAAUUUCCUACUCGAGCUGGCCAACAUACCAAGUUUUUCUGAGCGUGUAGCGUGCUUUAUGUUUCAAAACAGUUUCUUUGAAAUUCUCACCGCCAUCUCAAAUCCGCUCAAUAAUCUCAAACUAAUAUGUGACAAAUUGAUGACGAGUGUCGAAGUUUCUCGUGUCCUGGGUAUCAUUCUUGCGCUUGGAAAUUAUAUGAACGGAGGCAAUCGUCAGCGCGGACAAGCAGAUGGUUUUGCUAUCGAUAUUCUUCCAAAAAUUAAAGAUGUAAAAAGUAAAGACAAUACGCUCACUUUAAUUUUCUACGUUGUCAAAGUUUACAUUCAGAAAUUCGAUGAAAAAGCUGGAACGAAUGAUGCUCGCAUGCCGCUACCAGAGCCGACUGACUUGGAUAAAGCUGGACACUUAAAAUUCGAAGAGCUAGAAGCUAGUCUUAGACAGCUUAAUAAAGAAAUUGAAGGUAUUGAACAAAAAGCAAACCAAGUAAUAGCGGCAUCGGAGGAGAUACAUUUGGAGCCAUUUAAGGAAAAAAUGGAGUCUUUUUUUGUGCAAGCAAAAAAGUCACUAUCCGAGGAAGAAGAAAAUUUGACAGAAUGCAAACAAAGAUUUGAAGCCGUUUUGAAAUAUUUCAAAUUCACACCGAAAAAAAAUUCAGAGCUCGACCCAAAGGAUUUCUUUGGUUUGUGGUCUACGUUUGCGUCAGAUUUUAAAGAUAUUUGGAAUCGUGAACAGCAACGUAUUAUCAAAGAAAAUUUGGAUAAAGCUAAGCAAGCUGUGAAACAGAAAAAAUUACAGAGUAGUUCAAGUUAUGCUAAAUCGAAAACUGACGAGGGAACUUUGAAAGCAAGAUUGCUUAGUAAAAAAAAGAAAUAAUGUUUGGAAUUUCACUUUUGCCUUUUCAUAUUCAUAUAUAGCUUCUUUUUCCACCACGACACACUUACUUUUGUCCAAUACCACUAUGAUAAAGUUGAAUUUCUCGUUGUCUCGUAACACUUAGCUGUCGAUCAAAGGCUUGGUUUGUCCAUGUUGUUAUUUAUCCUCUCAAACCUUAUUAUACUGAUAAGUCGAUAUAUGCGGCUUGUCGGAUUGUUAAAGCAUUCCAAUGAAAAAUAACUUGUUAAUUAUGCAAUAAGUCAUGCAGUUAAAUUCUUUCCAAAUAUGAGGUAUCUGAGUAGUAUAAACAAUGUUUCAAGUACAAAAGUAAAGAAUGUAAGGAUGGUACUGAUAAAUAAUAAUUAAGAAAACAGUAGAAAUAUUUCAAAUAAUACACUUCAUUAAGCUCA